AUGAUCUACACUCAUGAGGACGUUCGAGAAAUCGUUGAGUUUGCACGGGUUCGCGGCAUUCGUGUUAUUCCUGAAUUUGACAUACCUGGUCAUACCAGAUCGUGGUCGCUCUCGCACCCGGAGAUCUUUGCAAAGUGUUACGACGCAGAGCACGAGUCACCCUUCUACGGAGGUCUUGAUCCGACUAAAAAUGAGACUCUGGAAUUUCUCGGAGCCCUCUUUGAGGAAAUCUUAGAACUCUUUCCUGACAACACUCUCCAUAUGGGUUUCGAUGAGGUCGAGUUUAACUGCUGGUCAUCCAAUCCUGGUAUAAAGAAAUUUAUGCUGAAUAAUGGAAUAGAGUCUCCAAUAGACAUUCUUAAAAUAUUUACCGUGAGACUUUUGAAUAAAAUCCAAGAGGCGGCUAAACGUGUGUCAAUGACAGGCCAGAGAAGGUUCAUCUUUUGGCAGGAGGCAUUCGAUAAUGGUCUCAAGGUGCCAAAUAAUUCGCUAAUUCAUCUGUGGAAAGGUUUGAGCUCCAUGCCUGGCUACUUCGGAUUUCAAGUUAUUGUUUCCAAGGGCUGGUAUCUCGAUUCGUACCUCAAGCCUUCCGAAUGGGUUGGAUAUUAUGAGAAUGAGAUCUACUCGCCACGCUUAUAUCCUGAUGUGUACUCCGAUUUCGAACCAAAAAACGUGAUCGGUGGAGAGGCUUGCAUGUGGAUCGAAUGGCAGUCUGACGAAACCGUAAUUCAACGAAUAUGGUAUGUCUGCUGA